CCACAAUCUACUCUUGCAAACACGAUCAAUGCCAUGCUAGAGAUGAGACAAGUUGAAGGAUUCUUGUUCUCUGCCCUCUUUCUUGUCCUCCUCGUCCCUUGGAGCCAUUUCGCUACUGCUCAAGAAGUUGAGGAUGAGAGAGAGUUCAGCUACGUGGUAGGGAGCCCAAAUGGUCCUGACCACUGGGGAGAGAUACACCAGGAAUGGGCUCUGUGCAACAACGGAGACAUGCAGUCCCCCAUCGACCUCUUACACGAGAGGGUCCAUGUCGUCCCUGGACUAGGCAGAAUCCAGAGGAGUUAUAGGGCGUCCAAUGCAACGCUGAGGAAUCGCGGCCAUGACAUCAUGUUGGAAUGGGAGGAAGGAGCAGGAACGAUUCACAUCAACGGCACCGAUUAUGAGCUUCGACAGUGCCAUUGGCACUCACCAUCCGAGCAUAGUAUUAACGGGAAGAGAUUUGCAAUGGAACUGCAUAUGGUGCAUGUAUCAGCAGACCAACGUGUAGCUGUAGUUGGCAUCAUGUACACAAUUGGACGACCAGACACUUUCCUCUCGGAGCUAAUGGAAGAUAUAGAAGAAAUAGCAGAUAUAAGAGAAGGGGAGAGAGCAGUGGGUCUUAUGGAUCCAAGGCACAUCGAAUUAGGAAGUAGGAAGUAUUACAGAUACAUGGGCUCUCUGACCACCCCACCUUGUGAUCAAGGUGUUGUUUGGACCAUCAGUGGGAAGAUAAGAACUGUAUCGAAGGAGCAAACGGCUUUGCUGAGACAGGCCGUGCAUGAUGAAGCAGAGGAAAACGCAAGGCCAGUUCAGCCGAUUAAUGGUCGGGAGAUCCAAUUUUACACUCCUUGGGACCGUAAAAAUGUUGAAGUCCAUCCGUAGAGGAACGGGAGAGUGUAUUGCUUAUUUGCCUACAAUUUCUACCAUAUAUUUUAAUUUGAUUUGGGAGGAGUUGAUUUAUCUUUAGGAGAGUGUAUUCAUGGGUUGUUUUAUAUCGUCUAAAAUAAUAAAGAUCAUUGUGCAUUCUAAAGAUCA